AUGCUUACAAAUAAUCAAUUAUUAAAACAUUCACGUAUAAAAAAAAAAAAACAAUCUUAUAAUUUUUAUACUAAACCACAAAUUAAAGGUUUAUGUAUUAAAGUUUUUACACGAACUCCUAAAAAACCUAACUCAGCUUUAAGAAAAAUAGCUAAAAUAAAACUUAAAAAUAAAAAAGAAAUUUUAGCUUAUAUUCCUGGAGAAGGUCAUGCUUUACAAGAUCAUAAUUUUGUUUUAAUAAAAAAAGGAAGAGUACAAGAUUUACCUGGAAUUAAAUAUAAAGUAAUUAGAGGUGUUUUAGAUACUAUAGGAGUUUUAAAUAGAAAAUCUAGUAGAUCUAAAUAUGGUACAAAGAAAAUAAUAUAA